AUGGUGGAGCAAGUGACUCGUUCCACUUUGGAACGCCAAUUGCGGAGUGCACGUCGGGAGGUUAGGCGCAAAGAAAAGUUGGAUGUCUCCGAGGCCGCCUCAGGUGCUGCCUUAGAGGCUGAGAGGGCAAAUGAUAUAAACGACGUAGUUUUUAAAGAGGUCGCAGCAAAAGAGCUGAGUGAAAUAGUGGAAAAUCUUGCUGAGCGGUGCUUGGAGGGUGAUGAGGGACGGCGUCUCGAAAGAAAUAAUAUCCGGCUGAGGGCACGAGUGUCAGACCUUGAGUCAGAAAUUGGUGCCCUCAGACGGGACUUUACCGAGCGUACAGCCCGCGCUGUAGAACAAGAAAGGGAAAUGAUGGCUCUGAGAAUGGAGGUGUCGGGAGGUAUAAACAAGCAGUCGGAUGAAUUAGCGGGUUUAUCGGUGAAUGGAAUCCGCGAAAUUAUGGCGGGGUUCGUAUCAGAAAUAAAAGGGGAGUUGUUGGCCGAUAUCAUGCGGGCGGUGGGAGGCAUGAUGAAUGCUAAGCUCGAUGGAAUUGGAGAUCGCCUCCUCCUGAAGCCGACCAUUCGUCCUCCACUGGCGGCUUCGCGGGUGGUGGAUGUGGGUCACUUUGGCGGAGUCGAGGGGUCUGCUGCGCGGAGGGGGACAUAUGAGGUAGGCAAUGUUGCUAUGGAGGGGGUGACUGAGAAUUGGUCGACGGUGACGGGGAAAAAGGGAAAGGGAAAGAAAUUAAAGGCGGUCCCCGCAUCCAAACCCUCUUGUGGGACAUCUGGUGUGGCGUCCUCUACAACGCCCCUGGUGGUGGCAGUGCCACCUGAUCCUUUGAAGCUGCCAGUUGGAGGACAAUCCUAA